UCUUCUCAAAAAAAGUUUUUUUAAUCCAAAAAUACUCUAUCUCCAUUCUAGCUUUCUCUUCUUUAAUUGAGUUUUUGAUUCUUUGUUAGACAAUCUUGGGUUAGCAGAAAGUUUCUGAUUAUACUUUUUUUAUUUUGUUCUUUACAAACGCAAUUGUUAUGUCUAUUCAAAAUACAAUACUAAAUGCUUAUACUAACUAAUUAUAUGUUUAUGAAUUGUUUGUAAUGGCUGCCAAUACUCUUUCAGAUUGUGAUCAAAUAUUUUCAGAGUUUACAGAGGACAUCAUCCAUGAAAUUUUGUCUCGUGUAACUUUGAAACAAAGGCCAAAUGUUUCUCUUGUUUCCAAAAAAUGGUGUCAAAUGAUAGAAUCAUUAGACGACGAUCUCAGUUUAGUGCAAACAAAAUCUGAAAAGAUAACUUGUGGAUACUGUGGCUUCUCUCAUAUAUACCCUAAUGAAUCUUGUGUAUGCUCCGACACAGAUCUCUAUCAUGUCGAUCCACUUAUUAAACUUGCUUUAGACAAAAUCAGUUUCAAAGAGUUAUAUUUGUCCAUACCACCUAAUUUUAGAUAUUGUGCGUCUCUCGGAUUUUUAGAUUCCAGAUUUUUAACCGUUCUCCAUAUAAAUGGAAAUUGCAACAUGAAUCUUAUUCGAGAAUUUAAUGUAAUGCCUUCUUUGAAAGAGUUGUAUUUUCAUUCUGUUUGCAUUUUUUCGCGCACCUUCUCUAGUUUUGCACCCAAAUGUCCUCUCCUCGUUGAGUUAACUUUGAUAAAUUGUGACAACCUUGUUGAGUUCACAGUCCCCCAUCUCAAUUAUCUAGAAAAGGUUCAUGUCAAUAGUAGCAAAAAAAUUAAAAAACUUGAAGUAAAAGCUCAAAAUCUCCUCGAGUUUCACUUGUGUUGUCCAACCUUUACCAAACUUGAUUUGUUCGCGUCUACUAAACUACAAGUCCUCCAUAUAGAUUCUAUAAAUGUUCCCGACUCGUUUCCUCGUGAUUUUUUCUCAACAUUCCCAUUUCUAAAAUCCUUAUGUCUUGUAUUAUGUGGAGGAUUGAAAAAAAUCAAGAUUGUGAGUCCUCAAUUGGAGUGUUUGACAUUGAAUAACACCACUGACUUGCGCGAAGCAUUUAUAGCUACUCCUAAUUUACAAUUGUUCAAUGUUCUAUAUAGCUUUAACUUCCAAACUCCACGUCCCAUGAUGGGAUCAAGGCAAAUGGAAAUUGAGAUGGAUGCUUGUGCAACCAAUAACUUGCGUGAGUUGAGAACUUUCGCUGAAAAUUUGGGUGAAAAUAUCACGUUGUCCUUAGAAACUAACACAGCUCGAGCAAAGGAAGAAGUAACAUUUCAAAGCAGCCUUCAACCAGUUUGUAUCAAGCGCAUAAAUUUGGUGAUACAAUAUUCAUUCAAACCGAGAUAUGAAUCAUUUCUUGCUGAAUUUUUUGCUUACUUCCAUCCGCGGAGCUUGGUGGUGACAGUGAAUUCAGAUGCCCGAAAACAUGACUUUAUACGGGUCCUAAUGAAUGAGCUGGAAGGUUGGAACAAAGACGGUACCAAACGUUACAAACGUAGUGAGUACAUGUCUUGGCACAGAGCAUUGAAAAGCUUUACAAUCCUUGGAUCAACUGCAUUUGCACUACAAGAAAGGGAAUCCCGAUGUGAUAAUCCCACACUAUGUGCAUGGUUAGGUGAAGGGUCGAGCCAGAAGGGGCUAUUACUAGACUUACCCAACAUUUCUACAAUUACAAGACAAGAAAGGGAAGCUCGGCACGAUAAGCUCCCGAUCUGUGCAGGGUCUGAGGAAGGAAGGGAACAACAGUGCUUAUUGUCCAUAGUCUUACCCAACCUUUCUUUAGUUACAAGAGAAGGCGCUCAUCAGAUUAACUUGGAGUUUGAGUGGCAUAACUGAAUCGGAAUCGCAACUAUGCAAGACUAGUUCUAUGUUGGUGCCGUACAAUAUUGGUGUUUAUAAACGGAGCCAAAUUUAUUAGUUUUUUUUUAAUGUAUUGUACUUUAGUAUGGCAAUAUUAGUUAUGAAAUUAAUCAUCCCUAUUGUAUUUUUGUAAAAUUUAUCGAUGUUUCAUCGGAUCUGUAUGAUUUAGUCCUCCUUGAAUAUUUGAUCCAUGAAAGUGGUUUUUCUUUCUUACUAUAUAUGUGAAAUCUAAGUGAUGGAUUUUUACUGCCGCUUUUGAUUAAAAGAGAGAUUUGUCCACAAUAAGUUUAUUAAUAGGGUUGACACAUAUUGAACUUACAGUCUAUCAUCUCGACACUCCAUUUUU